AUCCAGUAGUCAUUGGUCGUACUGGACAGUCUUCAUUAUUCAUUAGUGUUUGACCAUCGUCUGUCAAUUACACAAAUGUUGUUCAACGUGUUGAUUUUUGCCGUGACCGCGGCUAAUUUGGCAAAUGGAAAAUCAUGCCUAGAAGCGAUUGUUACUGAAAAAAAGUCCACAAUAUUGGCCAGCGCACAUCAGCCGCCUCGGCCUCCACCCGUCGACGAAAUUGCAAGAAUGGCGAGAUACGUCGUCCAUUACUCAGAGUGGACUACACUUUCGCACAUUUCCCAUCAAAAAAAGGAGAACAUUUCUGGGCUGGCUAUGGGGCGGGUGUAUUCAAUAGCAGACGGGCCAUAUGGAAACAGCACUGGCGUCCCUUAUAUCUACGUCUCUCUGUUUGACGGUGUACCAAGAGACUUGAAAGAGAUUGAUAACAAGUGUUCGAUGACAAUAAGCCUGGCACAAGGAAAUUUGUGCGCAUCUAGAGGCCAGAUUGCAGAAGAUCCACGAUGCCCUCAAGUCAUUCUCUUUGGAAAUUUCGUAUUCCUUGACAAAGACACUGAUGAAUGGAACUUUGCAGAAAAUGCCCUGUUCUCUAGAUACCCGAUGAUGAGACAUUGGCCAAAGUUUCAUAACUUCCUGUUUGGAAAGCUUGACAUAAACAAAAUCAUUCUGGUUGAUAACUUCGGAGGGAGCAAGUACCCGAAUAUCAAAGACUACUUCAAUUCCCCUCCACAAAAAUAUGUUGAAGUGGUCAGAGCAGAACUUUUUUUCAAUGAGUCAUCAGUUCAAGUUUAAGACUAUUUGAAUAAAUAAAGGUGGAUAUUUUGAAAUGUAA